AUUUAUUAUGUAUUACAUAUUCUUAUUAAUUUAUGUGAGAGUUUUCGUAUUAUUUUACAAAUCUUUUAAUUUUGUUUGCAUUCUUAUCACGGACCUUGACUAAUGCUACAUUUGAAUGUGGCGCGAUGUUCUGGACCAAAAUGGGACUGGACUCUACGCAUGCGGCCACCUUUCCACUGCCAUCAGCUGUUGAGUCGUCGUCUUAUCAAUACUCUACGUUGAUUUGUUGGUUCUAAAAGUAAAAGCCAAUCACGUUCGACUGCUAUUGAGCGGUUUGUUCUGCUGAACGCGCCCAUCGUGUUCUUCACGUUCCACGAUGUAACAAUCCUGAAAUGGUGUCUUUACAGCGUCUUAAGACGCUCAAUUGGCGCGUUCGGCCAUGCACAUAGGCACAUACCCGGUUCUUGCUAGGGAUCGGAUAGCGAAAUUUCGGCUGUACGCCGGUACCUAUACCGUCCAAUAUCGGAGUAACUGAAAAUCAUCGGCAGUCCACGGUUUUGAAAAUAGAGGGUGAAAGAUGCAGUCUUCAUCGGCAGCUCAGACGACUGACUGUUUGGGAAGAUGUGAUAAUUUGACAAUGGAAGAGUUAGAUCAUAUCACUGACAAUAUACAUAAAACUUUAACUGACCCAAAGGGCAACGAACUCUUUGCGAGCUAUCUGAUGGAUGGGCAGUUUUCAGAUAGUUUGGCAUGUUUGAAUGUGUAUAACACUUGUUCAAAGUACCUGACUGAAGAACAGAAUCGAUCGAUUCAUGGAAGUUCAUCGGAAGAGGAAUCUAAAUCACUGGAAUCUCUCGUUACCAAAGUGGAAAUGAUGCAGAAGACUGUCUUUGAUCUGAACGAAAUAGAUUUGAGUCUUAUGAAGCAAUUCAAAGAUGCCUUGAAGGAAAAAACCAAGGAAGCCUUACUUAAUGUUUUAGAAAACAUCAAAGAUCAAUGUCAAAAUUGCUUAAGAAAAAUGCACGAACGUUUUAGAGAUUACAUUUUGCGAUGUAAAAAUACGUCGACGUAAAAUUAAGCUCUUUUCUACCUUCGUACAUUAUGAAGAUCUGUGAUGCCUAUAUUUUACACGCAUAAUUUAUUUCUAUAUACGCAGCUUACACUGUACUUAUUAUCCCAGAAUAAUAGUAAUACUCAAAUGUUAUAAAAUUAGAAACUGUAGGAUGUACUUUUUAAAUUAUUAUACAUGUAUACAUGAGGGUGACACAUGUCAGUGGUUCCUUAUGUGAAGCGAUCGAUUCGCAGUCUGCACAUCCUAUUUGAUCUUGACUGUCAUCCCAUGUAUACUCUAUUUAUAAGAGAUUGGAGAAUUGAUUGUGUAAAGGAGUACGAGGUGAAUUGCAACUCGUUCAGGGAACAACAAUGAAAGCAUUUUCUAAGUCACUGAAUCAAUAGGCCUGUUUCUUUUAGCUGAAUUUCUCUCCAACGUGAAAAGAAAAAGAGGAAAGAUGAACCGUGUAAGAAGUUCAGCUAAAACGAACGGGUUUCAUUGCUUCGUGAUAUUUAUUCAUUGUAUUUCAGUUUCUCAUGGCGACGAGAAAUACAGAGACUCAAUAAAAUGAUCUUGUCAACAAGAA